AUGCCAGCAGCUGUCCGUGGCACGCCAUAUCUCCCCGAUGGAGCUCACCAAGGAGGCGGUGGCUUAUCUGGUGCCGAGCAGAAGAUAAAGACACUGAGCCCCGGCGUUGCGGCUCAUUUACAACGCAUCUACAGCGCACACGCCGACACCGUGACCAAGGCCUGGCGCCAGGAGGACGUUUCCGUCUGGCUCAGGUGCUGUCAAGGCGACGACGAGGCCGAGCUGGCUCGAGACUUCCCGCUUCAUCAGGACUGGGACUACGAGAGCUUUUUUCAGUACAUCACAUCUUCAGCCGCCAACUCGAUUGCGCCUCCGCGUUCCCAGGACCUCAGUUACCCGCUCUCAAGCUACUUCAUCAGUUCCAGCCACAACACUUAUCUGACAGGUAAUCAGCUCUCCAGCGAGUCGAGCGUCGAUGCCUACAGGAACGUUUUGUUGCGCGGGUGCCGCUGCAUCGAGGUGGACGUCUGGGAUGGCUCGGACUCCGAGUCGGAGGAUGACGAUGGUGACGCCGAGUCUGUGACUUCGAGCAGUUCCAGCUCCAGCGAUGAUGCCUAUGGCAGUGGUGAGGAGGGAACAGCGAGCAAGUUGAAGAGGAAAGCGAAGAGUAAGCUGCCUAGCUUUCUUGGUGGAAGGAAGAAGUCCAAGGACAAGAAAGUUCCGGAGCCCACCACAAGAACGCCGCCGCCGCCGGCAGCAGCAACAACCACUGAGGCCGCCCCGGUAGGACUAUCAGCCGAAACGAACCCCUUGGAGAGGAGCAAGAGCGGCGGCUCUGCCUCUUUAUUCCAAACUCUCAGUAGGAAGAGCACCAAAGAGCCGCGAGUCCUGCACGGGUACACGCUAACUAAAGACAUCACCUUCCGAGACGUGUGCGAGGCUAUCAAGGACUACGGUUUUGCCACAACCGACUUGCCCCUGAUCGUCAGUCUCGAGGUGCACUGCAGCGCUGAGCAGCAGGAGAGGAUGGUUGACAUUAUGAGGCAGAUCUGGGGAGACCUGCUUCUUCCUGAGCCGGAGGAGGAUGCCAAAUAUCUUCCCACUCCCGAAGAGCUGCGCGGAAAAAUCCUCGUGAAGGUCAAGUACGCUCCACCCAACAAUGAAGGGGGCUCGACGGGCUCGACGACCCCCGAGGAGCUGGACAACACCGCCGCCGCGGCUUCUGGAGGACUUCCAGAAGAAGCGGGUCAACCGAAGCAGCGGGCGAAGAAACCGUCCAAGGUUAUCUGGAGUUUGAGCAAGAUGGGCAUCUACACGCGCGGCGUGUCGUUUAAAAGCCUGAUGCAGCCCGAGGCCAACAUGCCGACGCACAUCUUUUCGCUGUCGGAGAGUGGCGUGAUGGAUGUUCACAAGGAGAGUCGUAGCGCGCUCUUCGAGCAUAACAAGCACUAUCUGAUGCGGGCGUACCCGUCUGGUAUGCGUAUCUUGUCAUCGAACUUGGAUCCGGCUGUGUUUUGGAGAAAGGGGAUCCAGAUCGUGGCGCUGAAUUGGCAGAAUUGGGAUGAGGGCAUGAUGCUGAAUGAGGGCAUGUUUGCUGGGACGGGCGGUUAUGUGCUCAAACCUGCUGGCUACCGCUGCGCCAAACUCACCGACUCUAAUCCGUCCCCCUCCCCCUCCCCCUCGGCCUCCGACACCCAAGCCGACGCCGUCCAGCACUACACCAUGGAUCUAACCAUCAAUGUUCUCGCUGCUCAAUCGCUCCCCCUUCCCCCCGGAGACGACAACAUCGACUCCUUCCGCCCUUACCUGAAAGUCGAACUACACGUGGAAGAGCCUGGAGAGCGACACGGCACCGACGAGCUGCCACAGGACGGCAAAGAAAAAGGGGGCGAGUACAAGGCCAAGACCAAAUCUGUGAAGGGAGGAUGCGAUCCGGAUUGGGAGGGGAAGUUCGGUGCCCAGACAGAACUGAAAUUUGAGAAUAUCCCUGGUGUAGUCCCGGAGCUCUCAUUUGUGAGGUUCUUGGUGCUGGAUGAUGAGAUUGGAAGGGAUUCGUUGGCGGCGUGGGCGUGUGUGAGGCUGGAUCGGUUGAGGGAAGGGUAUCGGUUUGUGCAUCUUUUAGAUGCGAAGGGGGUGGAGAGUGAUGGGGCUGUUUUGGUGAAGAUAAGCAAGAAGUUGAGGCUGUAGCUUGCUUGUUGUGCGGUGCGGUGCGGUGGCUUGUUUCGCUGUGGUUUGUGGGAGUGAAGGAAGUGGGGGAGUUAAAAGCACAUGAGGCGUAUAUGGCAUGGAGCGUUAAGCGUGAUCUUAGCCAUGUCAUUGAUAUUUCUUGUGACAAUUGUGUUUAACUGUCG